AUGGCCGAGGAAAACAAACUGGACCCUAUAGUGACUAUCUAUGAGGAAGAUCUUCCUGUGAUUACACGACGACGUGGGUGUACCCUACGCGUACAGAUUACGUCUGUACUAGACAGUGAUUUUCAGUUGGGUUUAUUACCUUCCGACUAUGGAACUCCUUCCUCACUUUCUCCUUUACCGUCACCUUCGACUUUACACAGAAAGUCAAGAGAUGACUUGCCUAUGGCAUUACACUACAGCUAUCGCAGGUUACAAAGAACAUUAUCAGAAGAGACUCGUCAGAAAACCCGAGAUGGAACACCACUCACACCCACUUGUAGUUCAGGAAGCCAUCCUUGUUUACCUGGAAGCCACUUAACAAGUGUUACUAGCAAUACAGAGACAACCAAUCUGUUACGGAUGCAUAACUCAGUGUUGGGUCAAUCAGCUCCCUCUCUCUCAGCUAGUAUGAAAGACUUGAGCCUCUCUCGUAAAGGAAGUCGUUGUCAUGGAAGACGAUCUGUUAUUGGAGUCAGUUCGCCUACACUGCAACAUCGAUGUAAUUCGCCUCAAGCUGUGGGAAGUCCUGUGGAUAGUCCUCGUCAAGCAUCACCCAGCCUGCACAGCCAGUUUCCAUUCCAAAAUGUUAAGAAAAUGGAUGGGCGUAGAUGGUCUUUUGCAUCAUUACCAUCGUCUGGUUAUGGAACUAACACUCCAGCUAGCUCCAACGUCUCUUCUCAGUGCUCUUCUCAAGAGCGUCUUCACCAAUUGCCAUCACAGCCAACAGCUGAUGAGCUCCAUAUUCUCACUCGACACUUUGGUAGCAAUGAGAACAAUGCUGUUCCUCCGGAGGAUGAUAAUGGUGGAGGACGAUGGUCACCUCGACCACGGCCUCGCUCACGUAGCUUGAGUAGUCCGGCUCGAUCCCCAGCAGGUGACAUGGAAAUAGUCAUGAUGAACAAUAUGUACAAAGAGAGGUUCCCGAAGGCAACUGACCAAAUGGAAGAUAGAUUAGAACAGUUUAUUGAUAUGAACAGAGCACCAGCUGAUUCUGAUGCUAUUAUGAGUUUCCUUCACCAUCAAGUUCUUGAGAUGGCUCGAGAUUGCCUUCAAAAAUCUAAGGAAAAAUUGAUCACCGGUAAUUACUUCUGUGAACUGUCUGAGAAUUUGGAAAAACUCUUAAAAGAUGCACAAGAAAGAUCAGAAGAAACCUCCCAGCAUCUAUAUCCUUUGAUUAAGAAACUACUCAUCAUAGUUUCUAGACCAGCACGUUUGUUGGAAUGUUUGGAAUUUGAUCCAGAGCAGUUUUAUCAUAUGCUGGAAGCUGCAGAAGGCCAUGCACGUCAGUAUGUCAAAGCUGACAUCCCACAAUAUAUCAUCCAGAAAUUGGGAUUGAACCGGGAUCCACUAGCUGAUGUUCAUGAAAUUGGAAUGCAUGAUACUGAUGUUGCUGACUGUGCCAGUGGAGCAGAAUCAGCUGAUAGUAAUGCUACUAAGAAAAAAGCAACCCCAUCAGAAGAUGAUUUUGAAACCAUAAAACUAAUAAGCAGUGGAGCAUUUGCAGCUGUGUAUUUAGUACGGCACAAGGAAUCUCGGAAACGUUUUGCUAUAAAGAAAAUAGGAAAACAUCAUUUAAUAAUGCGCAAUCAAACUGAACAAGCUUUUGUUGAAAGAGACAUCCUUACAUUUACUGACAAUCCAUUUGUUGUGAGUAUGUACUGCAGUUUUGAAACCAAGAAACAUUUGUGUAUGGUCAUGGAAUAUGUGGAAGGUGGAGACUGUGCCACGUUACUGAAGUUCACAGGAGGUCUUCAUUUAGAUCUUGCAAGAAUGUAUUUUGCUGAAACUGUGUUAGCAUUGGAAUAUUUACAUAGCUAUGGAAUUGUACAUAGAGACCUCAAACCUGAUAAUUUACUAAUCACUGCUACUGGACAUAUAAAGUUGACUGAUUUUGGCCUCUCUAAAGUUGGGCUCAUGAGCUUGACUACAAAUAUGUAUGAAGGUUCCCUUGACAAAGAUUGCAAACAGUUUAAGGAUAAACAAGUGUAUGGAACCCCUGAGUAUAUUGCACCAGAAGUCAUCUUACGACAAGGUUAUGGAAAACCUGUUGAUUGGUGGUCUAUGGGAAUUAUCCUUUUUGAAUUUUUAACUGGAUAUGUCCCAUUUUUUGGAAAAACACCAGAAAUACUUUUUUCUCAAGUCAUCAAUGAACAAUUUGAAUGGCCACCAGAGAAAGAGUUAAAAGUCCAAGAUGAAGCUAAAGAUCUGAUUACUCAACUUCUAAGAAGUAAUCCUCAAGAAAGACUUGGUUCUGGUGGAGUUCAUCAAGUUAAAGAACAUAUCUUUUUCUUGAGUGUAGACUGGGAUGGCUUAUUGCGACAAAAAGCAGAGUUUGUUCCACAACUUGACAGUGAAGAAGAUACCAGCUAUUUUGAUACACGAACUGACCGCUAUAGCCAUCCUGACUUGGAAACUGAGGAUACGGAAGAUGAUGCUGAGGAGAUAAUGUUUCACAGUUUCUCUUCAUGUUCUCCUCGUUAUAAUAAACUUAGUUUGAAAUUGGAGGAUUCUCAAGAGGAGCGUAAAGAGCGUAGGCGGCAUUCUAGUUCAGAUGAAAUCCGGACCCGCUUGCUUGAGAAGCAAGUAUUGGACAGGAAAGAUUCGAACCAGUCUGAAAGUUCUGAGAGCUCCAUGGAAGUUCAACGUGUUCUCCGAAUCAACAACAGUGGAAGCAGUGGAUGUACUGAAAAUCUUUUGGAUACAUCUAGUUCAAGUAGCAGGUCAGAACUCACUCUGAAGGAAGAUGACAUCUUUACUUCUUUAGAUUGUGAAAAUCAGUGUCAAAUAACUGAGACAGAUAGUGGCAGCUGUUCUGGGACUGGGACCAAGUCUUCCUUGUCAACCUGCACGCCUCCAUCUCAGCAGCUACCAAAAUUUUCUAUUUCAACAGCAAUUGAUUCUGAUAUCCCGCCAUCAAAAGAACUGUCUCCAGUUGAUGAAAAUGAAAACAAGGAAAGUACUACCUGUGCUCCUCAAACAACUGGCGUUACGACUUUGACAAAAUCUACAGUAGCAACGUCUCUGCCUACUUCAUCAACUCCUGCUUCCAAAACCACUGUAGGAGGAACUGGAGGAGAAGUGACAAGUACAACGUCUGCAGUAGCAACCACCUCAUCAGUACUGCCAGCAGCUGUGCUACCGUCCUCAAUAACUGAGAAAUCCAGAAUAAUGUCUGGCAGUGAGGAUGUGGUCAAGUUGCAGAAAUCUGCCUCCGCUAGUGCUCUUACACUUCUAGUUCACCCUUCAGGUCACUCAAUGGAUAGCCCCGGAGAACUGACUAAACGUAGACUGUUCUUUCCAGAAGACUUGGUUAUCCAGCCACUAAAUUCACCAGGUGGCUCAAGCACUAGUUCCCGUGAUGGCUCUCCGUCCAGAGAUAUAUCCCCACUGACUAGAAACUUGAAACCACCUGUGAUCAUUAAGAAAGGUGCCCAAGGAUUUGGCUUCCGGAUUCAAGCUAUUCGGGUUUAUCUUGGAGACACUGAUUUUUAUACUUUGCAUCAUAUGGUUGUAGCUGUUGAAACAAGUGGCCCUGCUUUUGAAGCUGGAUUACGUCCUGGAUGUCUUAUUACACACAUAAAUGAAGAAUCUGUCCAAAGCUUAUUGCACACCCAGGUGGUGCAGCUCAUUCUUAGUGGAGGGAAUGUACUGCAAAUCCGGUCUGUGCCCUUGGAAAAUACAACCAUCAAAACUGGUACUCGCAGACAUCGCACCAAUCCAGGCAAAAUGGCUCGUCGUGUAUACCACAAAAAACGAGAGAAGAGUGGUGAAAAGAAGAAAGGCCGGUCAUUGUUCCGCAAGUUGAGCAAAAAGACUGAACACAUGCAUCCUGGCUCUCCCCUUAGUGCCAGCAGAACCUUCAGUCCGUUAAGCAAAUCUUUGUCAUCAGCUGAAAGUUCACCCAACUUGCCACGGUCUGCACGCUCCCUACCUAUCAAUACACCAUGGCCAACGCCAGAGUCAGCUGCAGGCAGUUCGUCAACUAGUAGCUCUCCUAGUUCGAGUGGACCAAGCUCUCCAGCAGCUUCUUCCCACUAUGGCCGACCUAGCUCCUUACAUGGACUCAAACACCCUAAACGAGCUCAAAGCAUGAAAUCUCCUCAUCGACGCAAAUCAGUGCAUAACAUACCUUUGUCUCCAUUAGCAAGGACACCAUCUCCAUCUCCGAUGGCUACAUCACCGACUCGAAGUCCAAGCCCACUGGCAUUUACGCAAGGACAUCAAGCUGGCAGUUCCAACACAGUUCAACAGACAUAUCCUUCCCAGUUGUCUGCUUCUGGCUCUCCUGUACCUCAUACAACAUCACGUAGGUCAUUCACUCGACCGAAGAGCUGUGAGCCAGGAUCACCACUCUUAAGGCGUGCUCUGUCUCCUGAAAGACUCCACCCAAAUGCAGCAGAAAAGACACAUCUCAGGAAAAGUUCAUGGCAAGAGAAAAAGUCAGUUUGUGAGUCCUUGUGA